CGGGAGGGGGAAGCAGCGGCCCUUUUAACGGACUCGAUGGGGAAGCUGCGGCCUUCGCUUCUGCUUUGAGCCCGUGCCAUCUGAAUGUAUUGGCCCACAGCUCCCCCACCCCCAUUGGCUGUGCUGGCUGGGGCAGGCAUGGCAGUUCUAUCCCAACUCACCCGGAGGGCUCCAGAUUGUGGGAAGCUAUUUUAAAGGAAAAUGGCAAGAGAUCCUUCGGGUAACAAAGCAGCAAUGGAGACUUUAGAAGAAGAAAACCUUGGUGUAUCCAUCUCAUCACCUUCUGAUGCUGAAUUUGAUGCUAUUGUAGGAUAUUUGGAAGAUAUUGUAAUGGAUGAUGACUUCCAGCUAAUACAAAGGAACUUCAUGGAUAAAUACUACCAAGAGUUUGAUGACACGGAGGAGAAUAAACUAGUCUACACGCCUAUCUUUAAUGAAUACAUCUGCUUAGUUGAAAAAUACAUUGAAGAAAAACUCCUGGACAGGAUUCCUGGUUUCAGCAUGUCUGCCUUCACCUUGUCUUUACAGCAGCACAAGGAUGAAAUAGCCGGAGACAUUUUCGAUAUGCUGCUCACAUUUACUGACUUUCUGGCAUUUAAAGAGAUGUUCCUGGAUUAUAGAGCUGAGAAAGAAGGACGAGGCCUGGACCUCAGUGCUGGAUUGGUGGUGACGCCUUUAAGCAAGCCCUCCAGGUCGCCCCCCCAGAACAGCCUGUGGCAUUAGUUUUAGGCUCCCGAAGAGGGCCGUCUUCCCUUGGGACGUUCCAGACAUGGAGGAGAGGAACGAGGCACCUCGGCAGGCUUGACCUUCUCUUCAGCUCCGGCAUGAAUUGUUCCCACACCCACCCAUCCAUCCGAGCACUGGGACUGUUGCUCUUUCCGCCCCGCUGGAUUUUACAUUGUGGAGAUCAAUAAGUGCAGUUGUUUCUUUGAGGACAUCCGGGCCUCUUUCCUCUGUGGGACAACAGUCACGGAAGACUAGUGUUGGGUGUGAUGGGUCCAACUGUACAGACCGACACACCCCCCCCCCGAGUUUCAGAACCACAGGACUUGUGGCAAAUUGUCUUUGUGUGGCUGUGAAUGAAACACUUCGAAUUUGGGUGCUUAUAUCUGUGUUUGAUGCAAGUAUAAUGAAAAUGGUAGUGUUCUCUACUGAUUGUGAACUCGGGCCCUUCUCCAGCCAACAAACUUUAACUGUUUCUCUUCACUUGAGGGCUUUCACCUGAAUUAUCAAAGAGGCCAUGAUAUUUUUGAAAUCUACAUUUCAUCUCCUCUGGGAAACAUACCAUGCAGUGUCCACACUGUUAUCUGUAGCUUGUAAUAUAAGGAUACAGCCCUGCCCUACAAUGAAUCUAGCUGUUAGGACCUCCCACAAGGUCUUUGGGAGUCCCUUCCUAGUUUCUUCAGUGAAAUUCUCAUUCACAAACUCUUGCUUCCCUCCCUGUUCAGCCAAAUCGGCUGAUCAAGUGCCAGUGAUGCAAAUUGCCCACUCACAGCUCCUUGUCUGAGUUCUCUGUGACCCCAGCAUGUGUCUGUGCUUCUCCUGCUGGGAUGAGCGGAGCAGUUGAGUCGUGCCAUGCAGAAGGACCAGCCACAAUCCAUAGGCAGCUGUUCUUUACUCUCUCACUGGGCAGGAACGUGAAGAUACCCACCUGCUGCUCCUUGAUGGGGCUGUUCUCCCGGAAGGCAUUUCCGGAGUGCCCCUUGUUUGGUACAGAACCAGGAACCCCUUGCAAGACCAUGUUUUAAAAGACUGGAGAGAGUAAAGAGAACAACCUGGUGUUUCUAAAUAAGCAGUUACAAUAUUCAUAGUUGCUGCAGUGUUUUUCUUGUGAGUUUCUUUGCUGUAACGUUCUCAGACCGGAAGUUGGUCACCAGUGGCAUUUUCGAGAUCUUUAUCCAGAAGCAUGUUCUACUUGGUGAGGGAUAUUUAUUCUAAUUGUUCAGCCAACAGUAUUCAUCCUUAUGGGUUCCUGCCUGUGAAAGCUCACAAUGUGAAGGUUCUGGGCAUUACUGAGAUUGAAUUGCGCAAGUAAUGCAUUAUCAAACAGGCCUAGUGAAGCAUGCUGGAAAUAUUAACAGUAUUUACCCUGGCACUGUUUGCUUUUUCAAAAGCCCAGUCUCUCCUUCAGUACAAUCAGUACUUAGAUAACAAGGAUUGGUGUGCAGGAUCAUAUCCAGAAUUUCUCCCCCCCCCCUUUUUUUCUUCUAUUUUGCCAUAAUUGCCAAUUUAAUUGUGAAGGCACUGUAUUUCAGCAUCCGAGGGGGCAGAGCUGCUUUGAGAAGUGGAACGGGGGGGGGGAUUUAUUUCCCCUAACACCCAGGUGCCUUUCAAAUGUGUUAAAUGACCAUCUUGUGGGCUGGGAAAAGGAUGAGUUGUAGGCCAACAUAGCCAGGGGCACCAGGUCAGAAAGGCCAAGUUAAGUUUGCUGGAUUCAUGUCACUAUAGGCUAAGUGUGUUUUUAGAAAAUACUCCCUGUGUUUGAACAAGCUUGAGAAGUCCUUGGAGCACUGCGUAGAAAACGUUACGGAUGUGGCAUCUAGCAAACGCCUGCCUUCACGAGUCUCGCGGCAGCACCCGUAGUGGUAUGGGAGCUCUUGUCUUGUGCUUCAGCUUGCUUCACCCUAACAAUAAAAUCUGCUUGCCUGAUAAAAGAAA